AUAACCUUUUACACACAACUGAUUAUGUUGAAUCUCCUGACCCCAAUAUGCGUGUUUUCUAAGCCCCAUGUUUGGAUAUAUUAUCUAAUCUGUGUCUCUGAAGAUAGGGGUUCAAGAGAGAGAGGAGUUGUUAUGACAUGCGUGGGUUUGAACUACCAAUAAACCAGUUUAUGUGCUGCUUUACAUGCACAUCAACCUAAUGUAAAUCCACCCAAUAUAGAGUAAACCAACCAGAUAUAAAUUGCUUAACAGGGAAACAACACAAGACAAGGAAUAAAGUUAAUUUUAAACAAUCAAACAAUCACAGAGAAUAAUUUUUCGAGGCGGUAUGAGGCAAAUGACACUACGAAAUGUUUAAGAUACAAGACAUGUGAUGGCAUGAUCAAUUCCUCUGGCAGACAGUUUGAGCUGGCUUUAUAAGGUAUGGUGAUCAUGAGAGCGAGAGAGCGGCCUUGAGAUGGUCACCAUGGAGACGGUAACGCUGACGAAGCAGAUGUCGUCCCUCCAAAGUUUUCCAGUGACUGUUUUGGUUCAGGACUACGGCCAGCAGAGUUAAACUGUCGCUCACACUUUGGAUGGAACCUGUUUGUGGAGAAUAGCUGCUGAAUGGUGAAACAAUAUCGGGUAUCACCGUUUUAUGAAACAGUUUUAUGUCCAGAAAUAAGUUUAACAAUACUUAAGGAAGUUUUGACAUUCUAUUCCUGAGCCCAUUCAGGGAUAAGAUAGGGUCGUGCUGAUUCCAACUUUAGGGAUCCGGGUUUGACGCCAGGCACACGAUUCCACUCAGAAGAGAAUGUUAACGGAGUCAACACCAGAGCCGUGACCAUUGGACCCUCCGCCGAUAAACACCUGGGGAGUUUCUGGGGGUGUCCAAAACGAUAGAGAGACCAGCGCUCGUGGGAGGAGAGAGUGUGGGAGAGACACACACAUAGAGAGAGGAGAGAGGGAGUGUCACAUAGAGAGACAUAGAGAGACGUAGAGAGAGGGACAGCAGGGGGUAGAAAUCAUAGAACCAAUUACAUACCCGGGCUCGCGUUGACUUCUACCGACCAUAUCCUACAUUCCCCAGUCCCCACCGUACUGGGAGAGCUGGUUUUAGAAAGAGGAACAUUCCAUCCAAAUCACCAGGAGUUGAACCAUCUCCUCAGACUAGCUCUGAGAUCUUUGGCUGAAGGUCUCCAGAUAAGACCGCCCUCUCGCCUGGUGGGACCAGGGUCGACCGGCUCCUGAUCGCCAUGGACCCCAUCGUGGAGGUCGUGGCCCUGCUGCUGGGCUUCCUGGGCUGGGUCAUGGUGGGCAUCGCGCUGCCCAACCGCUACUGGAAGACCUCCACGGUCAACGGCAACGUCAUCACCACCUCCACCAUCUACGAGAACCUGUGGAUGUCCUGCGCCACCGACUCCACCGGCGUGCACGACUGCCGGGAGUUCCCCUCGCUGCUGGCGCUCAACGGCUACAUCCAGGCGUCGCGGGCCCUGAUGGUGGCCUCCAUCGUGCUGGGCGCCUUCGGCAUCGUGGCGGCGCUGGUGGGGGUCCAGUGCUCCAAGGCAGGCGGAGAGAACUACGUCCUGAAGGGGCGCAUCGCGGGGACCGCCGGGGUCAUGUUCCUCCUCCAAGGUCUGUGCACUAUGAUCUCCGUGUCGUGGUACGCCUUCAACAUCACCCAGGACUUCUUCAAUCCCAUCUACCCGGGGACAAAGUUUGAGAUCGGAGAGGGACUGUACAUCGGCUGGUGCUCGGCUGUCCUCGCCAUCGCCGGCGGCUCGUGUCUCACCUGCUCCUGCAAGAUGGGGCACCGAGGAGAAAUACCGCUGCCCUACCCAGCCCAGAGGCACCGUGUACUCCGGCGUCGCACCGACUCGGAGCGGCCGGCAGCACGUACGGACGUAACGCGUACGUUCUGACGUGGGACCGUCACCUUCUACCGUUCUACUGCCAGAUGUUGAACAGAUCGCUGUGUGUCAGUGUUGUUCGGGUUUUGGGGGAUCACUGUAGGAAUUUGAUUAUUUUUUUAAUUCGAGCUAACUCUUUUGUUAACGCGAAAAUG